AUGUACCAGUCUCAGGCUCCCUAUCCAGGGCCGACGCCUACCUACAACCAUGCGUACGCUCCGACGCCGCCAGCUUAUCCACCAACUUAUGGCGGCGACGUCAAGAAUCCAUUCGAGAAUGACCGUUUCAAGCCAAAGAAGAAAAUCAACGACCCUAUAUUUUUAAUCCUCUUUAUCCUUCAGUUGUUGGGCUUUGCAGCGCUCUCUGGAGUCGCACUCAAGUCAUGGAUCGAUGAAGGUGGAUUGGGCGGUGGGAUUGGAAAGACUGGUGGAAAGACCGGCUCUGCAGUUACAUUGAACAAGAGCACCGUCUACAUGAUGCUUCUGGUCACUGCAGUCGCAGUGUUAUUGUCCUCCCUAUACCUGAUGCUUACGCGUGCAUUCACGAAGAUUAUCAUGCAUAUAACCCUCGUUCUGACGAUUAUUCUGAACAUCGCCAUCUGCAUCUACUAUUGGAUUACGAAGUACUAUUCUGGUGCUAUAAUUUUCACGAUCAUCGCCAUCCUUUCCGUCGUGUCCUACUUUGGAUUCAGGUCUCGAAUCCCACUGGCCGCGCUUCUUUUCCAGGUGGUUAUGGACGUCUCCAAGCACCACCUGAGUGUGUACGCCGUUGCAUUCACUGCUCUCCUCGUUGAGGCUGCAUUGUCGGUGUGGUACACAUUCACGGUCAUCGCAACCUAUGCAAAGUGGACACCAGGCGCGCCAAGCUGUGCAACAUCGGGGUGCUCGUCCGGCAAAGUCGCAGGCCUCAUCUUCUUUGAAACCUUUUCGUUCAUCUGGACAUCGCAAGUUAUCGGAAAUGUAGCCCUUUCCACACUCGCUGGUGGACCCUAUGGAUCGUGGUACUACUUUGGUCCUCGUGAGCUCGGUCAAAUGCCCAAACAUCCUACGCUUUCAGCCUUUGGACGGGCCUCGACACUUUCCCUAGGAUCAAUCGCAUUUGGAUCUCUUAUCGUCACCAUUUUGGAGAUGAUUCGCUUGGUUCUUCAGGCGAUCCAGAAUAAUGCGAGUGCAGAAGGACAUCCCGUUCAAGCUGCUCUUGCGUGCUGUGCUGCUUGCUUCGUCGGAAUCAUUGAGAGUCUCGUUGAAUACUUCAACAGAUAUGCGUACAUUGAAAUCGCGCUAUACGGCAAGGCCUAUAUCCCAGCUGCAAAGGAUACCUGGAGGCUGUUCAAGGAUAGGGGUAUCGAUGCCCUCGUGAACGACUCCUUGGUGGGAAUGACCCUCAUGUGGGGUGCAUACGCAAUUGGACUUUUGUCCUCCUUAUUCGCAUACCUCUACCUCAGGAUUACGGAUCCACCAUACAACGCGGACGGCCAGUAUACCCCCGUUAUCCUGUUGUUCUCUUUCUUCAUCGGUAUGGUUUGCGCCAAUACCCUUGGUUCCGCUAUCGAGGCGGGUGUAUCAACCAUCUUUGUUGGACUUGGAGAAGAUCCAGGUGUCCUUGCUAUUCGUGCACCAGAACUGUUUGGCAUGAUCGCCGACGUCUAUCCCCACGUUGUUCAGGGAGUGCCUCGGUACUGAGUAGGAUUAGACAUGACGACUAGCAAUACCCUUUCCCAAGAUCCUUUCCCUUCCCCCAUUCGGACAAGUCAAUUUAGUACACUACAGUGGGAUUAUAUCCAACACUAUUUCGUUCA